AUGGCCUCGUGCUCUCUGGCUGCACCUGUUGCCUACCUCCAGAUGGGCAGGGAACCCACCGGCAAGCUCGCCGUCAAGAGCAUUGUGCGACCCGAUGAUAUCCUAGGGCGCGACACAUUGUCUACCAUGAGGCGCGGCCAUUUCGACGCAGUGCAGGGCAUCUGA